AUGACUGGCGCAAAAGAGACUUUUCAAAUCUUUAUUGCUCUCCCAUCAGGUGACAUAUGCACAGUCAAGAGAUUAUCCCGCGAAAUGUUCGUGUAUCAACUGAAAUCAAGAGUCGAGCUAAAAGCUGGCAUUCCAGCAAACAUUUUUUCUUUGUUUUUUAUGAAUAUACAACUACGCGAUCAGGAUACUUUGAAAACAUACCACCUUAAACGUGGUUGUAUUGUCAGAGUCAAACUUGAACAGAACUACCAUGGCCUGUUUGAAGCGUGUUGGCGUGGAGAUAUUUACGAUGUUUUUGAGAAUGGUGUUCAAUUUCUGGACGAAGACAAAUUUCAAGGCUACAACAUAUCUCUUUGGAACAAAUUGGUUAUCCAACGCGCGACGCUCGCUUUGUUUAUCGCCUGCCACCGUGGUUACCUCGGUCUUACAUUAGAACUUAUCAACCGCGGAGCCACAGAUAUUAACGGUAAAACCAUUUUUGGACGAAGCGCGUUACACGUUGCGGCUUACCAAGGCUUUGUAGGCUGCGUAUCUCUACUGCUGAGCGAAGGCGCCAUUUGUAAUCAAACAGACGUUGAGGGCAAAACGCCUCUGGCCUUAGCGAGCGAGAAUGGUCAUAUUUAUUGCGAAAGAAGACUUUGGCUCUAUCAGUGGAACCUACAAACAUUUCGCCCGCAGUCCAAGAGAAGCUUGAGUGGAGAAUCAAAUGAAACAGUCGAGAAUACAGGAAGGUAAGUGUUACCUAAGAAAGUUGCUGUAAGUUAAACGCUAAGCGGGAAUAGAUAUCGUGUUGGAUAUUUUAACUUUCGAUCCACAUUGAUCACGAACGCUGUAAAACAACAACCACGUAAAUAUCUAUAUGUAAUUCAUUGUUCUUCUAGUCUAGAAACCAUUGUACCCCUAAUCCCUUUAAUGAAAAAGGGUAAAUAAUGGCGAGGUAGUGAAACCAUAAAACUGCUUUUGUAACAAGCCAAUAUACUUUAUUACAAAGGGAUUAGAUAUUUCUAGAUAAUUUAUACGUAAAUGAAAACCCUCUCCUCUUUUAUCUCCAAGAUUAAGGAAUUAGUAAAGCGUAAAAGUAAAAUGAAAUAGAACCUGUGUUUUUUCCAAAUACUGAGCAAUUAGCUCUAACUGAUUGGUGGAUUAGCUUCAGAAGGUCAAGUUUAAUUUAUAAACGAAACGGUUUGCAUGAUAUUGGUUGUGAUCAAACGUCUCGGCGUUACAAGAAUACGACGUCAGUAACAUAUAUGAAUGUGGUAAUACCGAUGAAAUGACGUCAAUGUUGAGUAACAUUUGACGUCAUCAUUUUAAGUACGAUGGUUCUACAUAUAUAAUUACCCACACACAAUUCAGCCUGACGGCAUGGCUGGUAGAUAAAAUGGGCGAUAAUACCGUGAGAAACUGUGAGCCUUUUUAUUCGCAGGAUACGUUCAUUUCUUGUGCGAAAGAUUUCAGUUACGGCUCACGGAAUGUUUCGUGUCGUGUUUUAGCUGCCCUUCCCACAGAAUAAAACCUAUAAAUAAAGUCUUUGCUUGAGUAGAUGCUGUCCUUUAAACAAUUUCUGUUUGAUUUAAAAUGUUCCAAAUCAAAUUGAUCCUUAUUUUCUUCGAAAUGAUUGGAAAUUACGAGUGGAUCCGUAAUCCCACAGGUCCGUAGGUCCGUGGGCCCCGUAGGCUCGUAGGCCCGUGAGUUCGUAGGCCCGAAAGCCUGUAAGCUCGUAGGCCCGUAGAUCCGUAUAUCAUUAGGUCCGUAUGCUCGUAUGCCCGUAGGCCCGUAGGCCCGUAGGCCCGUAGGCCCGUAGGCCCGUGGGCCUGUAAUCCCGUAGGCCCGUAGGCCCGUGAGCCCGUUUUCAAGUAGGCCUGUAAGCUCAUAGGCCCAUACCCCAUUUGCCCGUCCUUUGCAAAGGAAACAAUGGCCCUUGCACGUCCCUUUAAGUUAGUCGUUUCCCUUAAUUUUUUUUUAGAAUAUUAAUCCUAUCUCGUUCAGUUUGGAUUUUGUUAUUCGGCAUAUCCUUAUCAAUCUGCAAACUAUUAUCUGGGCGUUUCCUUUCCAACAAUUCGAGUAUAAAAUGAGGUUCGCUAUUGACUGUAUGAUGGGAAAAUCGAACCCGCUUCGAAUUGUGUGAUGGAAAAAAUCGUAGGAUCUAUUAGAGUCGUCAUUUUGAUGUCCUUUGUUUUAAUAGAAAUUGGAAAUCCUCACCACGCUCCACCAGGUCACCACCCAAUGGAAAAACACGUGAUCAGCUUGAUGAAAACAACAACAAGGAACAACAAGAUAUGGUAGGAGCCAAUCAGUUUCUUUUAUUUCAAUACGGAAAUGGGAAUAUGAGAAAAAAUUUUACACUUUAGAAAUGGGCCUUUAUGGUGAUGAUGAUAUAUUUUUAAUGGCAGACUUCAAAACUUUUCUGAGAGAAUGUAACCAAAGAAAUAGUGAAAUGAAAAAUCUCAGGAGAAAAAGCAAGGAUGUAAUCUGUGGAUAUUCUCUCAAUUAAUUAAAAGCCUCCUGACCAGUGUAGACGCAUGAUCGAAAAAUCUCCUUGCCGCUUCUUAACACUUUCUUUUUUCCACUAGUCACCCACUCUCACCCUUCCGAGCGUGACUGUUAACGAAGAAAAGCCGAACAUCCGUCGGAUGCAGAGUCACGAGCCGCGCCGAACAAAUCAGCCUUCUUUUCCCUUAAUGCAAAUCGCCGAGAAAUACCGAAAAGAGCUUCGGGACUUAAGCAAAGGAGGUGGUCUUUUGCCUGUGCAUUUGCAAAAAGAAUCCGAAGAAGAAGUGAAAAAAGAAGCACCGGAACCAGAGACACCAGAGUUAGAGAACAUCUCGAAAGAUGAAAUGGACCUUGUGAAAGAGGCGAACAACAAAGAUGACUUGGAAACAGCGGUAGACCGAGACUUAAGGAUUACAGAAACCAGUGCUGGUAGUGUUUUUUGUUUGUUUGCUUCUUUGUUUGUGUUGUUGUUUUUUAUUUUUUAUCGCAAGAACAUCUCUUGAAUAUGGUAAGCCACACUGUUUAAGUUUAGAGUCUUUAGUAGAUCUUUUAAUAAUUGUUGGUGACGAUGUAACGAUUACACGAUGAUGAUUCUGACAUGACCAGAAUUGUGAGAAUUUUCACCUACAGUUAAGAAUAUUUAUCGUAAGUUCUCUCGUGUAGGUUUUUUGGAAAGCUGAUCUAGCAACUUAUUUAAGUCUCGGUUUUCAACAAAAAGCCGCGGCCACAAAAAUAACUUGAGCUGAGUUACCUACGCUUCACAUCAACAUUGAACGAAUUGAACCAAACGAAAGGUUCGACUGAACUUAAUCAACGGAUCGAUACUAAAAAUCAAAACGAAAUUUAAUAAUAAAGCCAAAGACAAAGGGACGACAGUGGCUAAUCACAUUAACACACGCUAUUGACAAACAAUUUUUCCCCUGGCUGUAGCGUGUGUCACUGAUCAUACCCUUUGCGCGAUGGAAUUCUAACAUAGUUUGUUUUCAACUCUGUUGAUACAGCUUCAUCUACGGAAGAGAAGCAAGAUGAUUUUACAGAAAUUAACUGUGACGCUCCAGCGGAGGCUGAACCACGCGACUUCGAGAGGUAAUCAAAAAUACAUGCAAAGCCAAGUGAUUACUCUUGGUAAUAGCGUUCUAGGCGAUACAAACAGGAUUGCCUUACUAGUCUGUGUUAUCCAUACCAGGCGCGAGAGCACCCUCGUACAGCUUUAUGGGACUUUUACCCAAGAUACUUCUUGGCAUUCUCGAGAAAAGUUUUUUUUCAAGACUUCGCACGGCCGAACAUACAGUUAUGGGUCUGGUUAAGAGAUUCACUUGCAAGAAGUUAUUUUUGAGGAGAGUGAAAUAAGGACGUGAGGCUAAAGGGCGAGAGUGUGAUGCUUAAUGGAUGGAAACUAAAAAACCUCUAUUCCUAAACAGAAAACUCACAAUUACAAUGCACUCACUCUGGUGAGAAAACGACAAAGUAUUAAGACAAAUACAAGAAAAGACACAUACAAGGCAAUCAGCUCAGCGUCCAAUAGAAUGAAAUAAAUAGCGUAAACUGAACUGUUGCACUGGAAAAUAAGCCAAAGCAUGCUAAGAAUUAUGAUGUGUACCUUAUCAUUUUAUCCUUCAUAUCCAUUGUUUUUUUUUAUCUUCUCAGACCCUCUUCUGGAAGAUCGAAUGGAAUCCGCAAGCUUGACAUUCUGAUGACCGAGUCGCGUGAAAAAAUGAAAAGCGAGUCGACCACCCGUGGACAGGAUGUGAGUAGUUCUGCAGAAUACCAAGAGACCGAACACGAAAAUAGCAUUCUUCAGGAAUAUUCAAUAAGGAAAUCUGCCCGAACUUUUGACGACUGGCUUCACAUGAAACGAUCUCAGGAGAAAAAGAGGCCUGGCACUGCACCUGCGCAGAAAAGUAGGCUUGGAAAGAGUAUCGACCCUGAAUCGUUUAAGAGGUGGUUGAACAGCAAACGUUCGCAGCGCUACCACACAAAUUCCGAAUCCUCAGCAUCAAACAAAAACACAUUUAUCAGUUCUAGUGGUCUGACGUUUGAUCGCUGGCUUGAAACAAAGUUAGGAAGAAGACCCAUGAGUGCUAUAACCUGCGAAACGGAUUCACGUGAUAAAAACGCGCCAGGAGCAGGAAACAAAGUGCGCAAACAAAUCACUUCUGGAAAAUCGUACGAACUCUGGUUGGCAGAGAAAAAAGCCACCGCCAAUAACAGUAAAGAUGCGGAAAAUAACAGUGACGGAAUCAAGAAUACUCCAAAAGGGAGUGGAAAAUCCUUUGAGGUAUGGCUUCAGGACAAACAAAAGCAAAAACAAAUUGAGUUAGUCCAGAAAGUUACCACAGAAAAAGAACGGAAAAGACUGGAGGAGAUAGAUCAGUUGGCGAAAUGGCUAAACCCACAUUACAAGACUUAUGAGGAUUGGCUUGCAAUCAAGAACCACCAAGCUGUCCUAGAGAGACAGCGGGCUCAACACGAACCACAAAGAGAACAUGAGGAUGUCUCUUCAGAAGAAAAACAGAAAGAUGCCAAAAUUGUUUACAACAUCUGGCAAACGAUGAAAGCUCUUAAAGAACUUAAUGAAGAAGAAAGAAAAUACAGCGAUAUGAAAGCAAAGUGGGCUGCAAAGGAAAAGGAGAAAAAACAUUUAAGUAGGGCUCAAUAUCUAAAACAAGGGAACAAGAUGCAGCUUGAAACCGGCCUCGGCAAAAAUUUAGCUAUGAACAGGUAG